GAAGAAGAGGCCACGGCCCACGCGCAUCACCAUGCGUCAGUCGCGUGUCUCAGUGAUGGAGGUCAAAGACAAAGUCGCCAAGAGAGGUGUGCCAGUCUUCGCGGAUGAAAGGGAGAUGAAGCGAAACGUGCGGCAGGCCAUGAUGAAGACACGCUACAACGUCCACGACCUAUACCAUAAAACCGGGUGUGCUCAACGAGUGGCGCGUCAUCCCUACUUCGAAAAUGCGGUGCUGGGGGUCAUCUUCCUCAAUGCCAUUUGGUUGUCCAUCGACAUCGAUAACAACUCUGCGGCCGUUCUGGUGGAUGCCUCGCCCAUUUUCAUUGUGAUGGAGAACAUGUUCUGUUUAUUCUUCACUGGCGAACUGCUGAUCCGUUUCUUCGCCUUUGCCAGAAAAAGAGAUUGCUGCAAAGAUUUCUGGUUUGUUUUCGACUGCGUUGUGAACAUCUACAUGGUCGGUGAGACGUGGAUCCUGUCCUUGAUCCUGCUGCUCAGCGAUGUGACCACCACAGAGGCAGUUUUUGAUGCAUCGGCCCUGCGCAUUAUCCGCAUGGUGAAGAUUUUGCGCUUGUCGCGCAUGGCCAAGCUCUUGCGGGCCAUCCCGGAGUUGAGCAUUGUCAUCAAAGCCAUCGGCGCGGCGGGACGCUCCAUGUUGGUGAUCGCAGUGUUUUGUUUGAUGGUGGUCUAUGUCUUUGCCUUAACCCUGAAGCAGAUAACCCUCAUAGUAAACACAGAUCCUUCCAACGCCGUUGUUGCGAGAAAUUUCGACUCUGUCCUUUCAGCCAUGAACACCCUGUUGCUGCGAAGUCUCUUUUCUGACAGCGCAGAACUGGUGACAGAUCUGUCCAGCUGGCAUCCGGUCUUCUGGCCCUGCAUCAUGCUCUUUGCUCCUAGGCUGAGGUUGAACUGGCGAGGAAAGGAUGGAUUUGGUUGA